GCGCGGAUUGUCCCCUUCCGGCCCCCGGCCGUUGCCCACGCGGCGCGGAUUGGCCCUGUCGGGUACCGUACCGCCCCCUGCGCAGCGCGGAUUCCCGUUGCCUCCCCCCAAAGUCUGCGCCUCACGGAUUGGCACCGCCCACCCUGGCAUGUCCCUCGGUGGCCACCGUAGCGCAGCCAGUACGUGGCAGUGGGUCUGUCCUGGCCUAUGAGCGGCGGCCCCGUGCCCCGGAAGGGGCGGGGUGUGAGCAGGAAGAGCCCCCCUUCUGCCGCGCCGCUCGGUCCCUCUUGGCUCCGCCAUGUCGCCGGUGAGGGCGGUGCUGGCGCUGCUGGCCGCGCUCUCAGCCCCGGCUGCCGGCUACUUCGUGAGCAUCGACGCGCACGCGGAGGAGUGUUUCCUGGAGCGGGUCCCGUCUGGCACCAAGAUGGGGCUCAUCUUCGAGGUGGCCGAGGGGGGCUUCCUGGACAUCGACGUGGAGAUUACAGGGCCUGAUAAUAAAGGGAUUUAUAAAGGAGACCGAGAGUCCAGUGGAAAAUACACAUUUGCUGCUCAUAUGGAUGGAACUUACAAGUUUUGCUUUAGCAACAGAAUGUCCACCAUGACUCCUAAGAUAGUGAUGUUCACUAUUGAUAUUGGAGAAGCUCCAAAAGGGCAAGACAUGGAGACAGAAGCUCAUCAGAACAAGCUAGAAGAGAUGAUUAAUGAGUUAGCAGUGGCCAUGACAGCUGUAAAGCAUGAACAGGAGUACAUGGAAGUUCGUGAGAGAAUACACAGAGCAAUUAAUGACAACACAAACAGCAGAGUGGUACUCUGGUCAUUCUUUGAAGCACUUGUACUAGUUGCCAUGACACUGGGACAAAUCUACUACCUGAAGAGAUUUUUUGAAGUCCGAAGAGUUGUUUAAGAACUUUUCCUGAUGAUCCCAAACACUCACUUUACUAUCUACCAAACAUCUUGGUCACAAAACAAUAUCAUUUAGUUUCUAAACCCUAAUUUCUGAACUAUAAAACUUAUUUGCUUAAGUUCCUAGUUAAAAUGAAAUGUUUUUAUAUAUCUUCUGUAGCAAAAGCUGUGUUAAAAUAUCUAGUCACUUAAUUGGCAUAAUUUUUUCACUUGAAAUCUGCCUAGUCUUUAUGCUAAGCGAGGUCUAAACAGACUGCAAAUGCUAUAAUUCAAACGUAGUAAUAAGCAAUGUUACUGUCUUUUUCUAACUUUUUUUCUGUUUUCAUAAUUAAUUGCAAUUCUGUUUAGGGAAACAGUAAAAGGUCCUAAAGUGACUAUUUGCAUUCUUCGCACCUUUAAUCCUGCAGUAGACAUUAUGGAAUGAAAAUAAUCCCCUCUUCACUUUCAUGUACUGCCCAGAAGGGCAAAUGAAGCAGAACUUCAUUCUAAUAUGACUGAUAAUGAAUAGAAGACAGCUGGCAUUUCCACUAUAGUAUGCAUACUUGGUCACAAAAAAAAUCCACCGUAAUGAUCUUAAUUACAUUGAUUUGUUCCCUACAUUCUUUUUAAUUAAAAACAUUGAUAUUAAAAUACAUGCUUUCCUUUUAUUACCAGACAAUUAUGUGACUUUAGUUUCACAGGUUUAUAACUAUCAAAGCCAGUUGUGUGCAGUGUCUUGGUAAACAGUAGUUAUUAACCUCAUAGUGCUUGCAGGUCUGAAGCUCAUACUGUUGGCACUAUUGCAGAAUGCACCAGUGUUCAGGAAAUCUGGAUUUCUGAUGCCAAAGGGUUAAUGGUUCUUGGGGUUUAUUGCAAUGCUAUGCAGCCCUUAUUUUAAGUGGUAUUUUCUGCCAUUAUCUGGUCCUAAUUAGCAUAAUGCUAAGUACUGGUGUGUUUUUUCUUUAUUUCAGGCACAUGUGGAUUUCAUUUUUUGUAUAAACAAUUACUUUAUUUUCUUGGUAUCUGAUGCUGGGUUUAAAAAAUUUAAAGACUCGUUUAUGGUGUGGGUGCUGAUCCAGGAUUAUGUUGUGACUGAUGUAUAUUAGUUGUAAUCUUUUUUUCUUUUUCUUUCUUUUUUUUUUUUUUUGGAAUGGGGUGGGGUCUUUUCAAGAGGGGGGGAAGGUCUACAAGUAACACACAACCGUUUUGUACAAUUAAUUUAAAAUUUGUUACAGGUUUUCAUGUUCCAAGUAAACUUUUUCAACCUUGGGCAAACACUUGCAGCAGUUCUUCAAAAAGGGUGGCUGUUACACCUUAAUGCAACUGUUGUGUGCCAAUAUUUUUGUGUGAAACACUUCAAAAUUGAAUUCUAAGAUGUACAUUUAAAAUUGCUUGUGAAUCUAAAUAUGACCCAGGUUCAAUAAAUAAACAAAUUCUUAAAAAA